GCGUUGUGUUCUGGGGGAAGUUGAAACUUUUAUUUUGAACCGCGGUGAACUUAUUUUACAAAACACUAUGACACUAUUCCGUUUGGGACUCCGCGGGAAUUUUGGGUUUUGUGCAUGAAGAUAGUGAACAUCAAGUCAUGGGAGACAAACCUUUGUGGGAACAGAUAGGCUCUCAGUUCGUGCAGCUGUACUACCAACAUUUCGACAAUGACCGCGUCAAAGUUGGAGACCUCUAUUACGAUGAUUGCUUUAUGACAUUCGAAGGAUCCACGUUGCGGGGGAAAAACAAUGUCAUGGCCAAGUUAAGUAGCCUGCCGUUCCAGGCCAUCCAACACAUCAUUACCGCACAGGACCACCAACCCACACCUGACAGCUGUGUCAUGAGUAUGGUGAUGGGGCAGCUCAAGGCAGAUCAGGACCAGGUCAUGGGAUUCCAGCAAGUGUUCCUGCUAAGGAACUUUGACAACAAGUGGCUUUGCACUAAUGAAAUGUUUAGGUUAUCCUUACAUAAUUUUGCAUAAUCCAAAUGUGAAUAAAGUUUUCAUAAAAGAG